AUGGAGUUUUUUAAAGAUGUAAAAAUUCCGGCGUCGAAUCUGCGAGAGCCGAAGGCGUGUGAAGAAACAGCAGCAGCAGCAGCAGCAGCAGCAGGAGGAACAGCAGCAGCAGCAGCAGCAGGAACAGGAACAGCAGCAGCAGCAGCAGCAGAAGGAAAAACAAAUGCUGCUGCUAUUUGGUCUUGGUGCUUUGAAGGUCAUCGCCUUACCUACGAUUUGGGGGCCCCCAUCCGCUUCAAAGUGGCUGACGUUGUCUUCGUUAGAGAAGAAGCACAGAAGAAAUAUGCUCUCGUUACGAGCGAGGAGACGUACAUCCCGCCGAUGGUUGUGAUAGGCGAGGCCAACGCAGAUGGGUUGGGGAUGCUGUCUUGGUGGCAGUAA